CAGGCUGAGACAGAAAAGAAAGCUCUGGUAGAGGCAACAGCCAAUGAAAUCUCUCUGCAAGAUUUAAAGAUGUACACUGUGUACAAUAUCCGUGUAUUAGCUUAUAACCCUGCUGGAGACGGACCCAACAGCACCAUUGCCUCGGCUAGAACUAAUGCAGGCAUUCCUGGGAAACCUGGAGAGCUGUCAUUUCAUAACAUUUCCCUGGAUUCCCUCAAUGUGACCUGGACUCCGCCAGAAGAACCCAAUGGAGUGAUUGUUAACUAUGAGGUUGUUUACAUAGGUGCAAGUAAAACUGUCCAAGUAGAGACAAAUAGCAGAACAACAUAUUACUUUGCCAGAGACUUGGAGGAAGGUGUCACAUAUAACUUCAGUGUAAAAGCCAAGACUGAUUUGGGUUAUGGCCCAUCUAGUACCAAGGCUAUCACCACAGGCAGUCAGCAAGGUUCCCCUGCUGCACCUAUAGACUUGGAAUUGGACUAUGCAUCUACAUCUGUGACUUUAAAAUGGACAAAUGGGGCUGAAGGGGCAUCAGCCAUUAAAGGCUAUAUUAUCCAGUCCAAGGCUUCUACAGAAUGGUCAUGGAGAACUAUUUUGAGGAAGAACUCUGCAGGCUCUGUGGCUGUAAUCCCAUUUGACAACCUCAGCCCUAACAACAUCUACCAGUUCCGUGUGAUUGCUGUGAACGACCAUGGUAUCAGUGACCCUAGUUUGCCGUCCCAGCCUCUCCAGACCCCAGCUCUCAGCCCUGCCUCUGCAGCUGUGGAAAAGAUCUAUGAGCAGUGGUGGUUCUUGGUGAUUGUUGCCCUUUGUGGACUCAUCCUUAUCAUCAUUGUGGUCUCUUUACUCUGCUGUACUGCUAAGAGAAAUAAAGAGCCUCUCCCAGCAAAUAUGAAGGUCAUGACCCCAGUGACUAUGCCUCCAUCAGAAGAGGCACACAGUGUAGUGGAUGAUGAUGGAGGAUUCACAUCAUUUGAAAUGCGGGAAUCAAUCAGGAGAAGCAAGAGGAGUGUGGCUAAUGGAAAGAAAAAUAAUUAUAUCAGUUCUACUGCUGCCAUAAGGGAUGUUGCAGAAUCCAUUGCAGAGCAACUGUUAGUGACUAAAAGCAUCUCCCAAUAUAUAUGCAUGUACAUAUGUAUAAGUUUAGUGGAGAGACACAUGAUGGCAGCAGGGGUUUACAUAAGUUUUAGUCUCAUUGUAAGUUGGUUUUCAGUAGUGCAUGGAAAAAAAAAAGACCAGGAAAUAUUUGAGAUCAUUGAGAGUGACAGUGAGCCACCUAGUGAGAAGGGAAGCCAGGCGGCGGCCCCUCAGCCACACCAGUCCUCCAGUUUCAUGACAGCUAAUCCUUAUGUCAAUGAUCCUGUUAGACAGUCAUGGAAGAGACAGAAAUCCAACAGUAAAGCCUACAGUUACACAGACAGUGAACAAGAAAGUAGCCAUUAUGCAAUGAGUCUAAAUGGAGGUCAUAUAAUUAUGAACAAUAUGGCAGGUUCUCGGGCACCAUUACCUGGCUUCUCAUCAUUUGUAUAGUAUUGGCUGCAUUCUGGCACAAAAAAGGCUGGUCCUAUUUUGAUAAAGUAUUCCUAAAGUGCCAUGGGUUUCUGAACAAAUUUUUAAUGAAAUAAUUAACAAAACUUUGCACAAUGAUCUCAAGGACUUGUAGUCAUGAAGGAUCUGUCACAGAUGAAGCUGGAUUCAUGUCUACAUCAAGCAGUAAUAUCAAUGUAUUUUGAAAAAGGCAUAUAUUUAUAUAAAUUUAUGUAAGAUGUUUUAUUUUCCAUUUCAUGUUCAUACUGCAAACUACAUGCAGUAGCACAGAGGUGGUAAAUACAAAGUUGACACAGUCAUGUUUUUCAUUCAAACUGUACAGAUAUGAACAUUACAUAUCUUAUUUUAAAAUCAACAUAUGUAGUAUAGAGGUAGUAUUUUGAGUCUGACUGUACACUACUUAUGUGAUAAAAGAAGACAACUCAGCAAGUAAACUUAGACAAUAUAGCUUAACUGAAAUGUAAGAAAUGGGGGGAGAGGCUACAUAGCAUUGCCAUCAAAGUAACUGUUCUAUUAGAAUUGAAAAGAACUGUGAUUGUUUUAAAAAGCACACAUCAAAAUAACUAGAGAUCUAUGCAAAGAAGUGAUACAUCAUGAGAGGUAUCAUUGUUGAGACCAGUUACACAUGCAUAUCAACAUUUGUUGUACAUAUCCAUGGACUACUGAGUAUUUGAAUAUUUUUUUAUACAAGUUGGUUAUGCUGUGGUUGAAUAAGCUUAUUUAAAUGCAUGCGUGGCUGGAAUUGUUUUCUACUCUAAAUGAUUUUCCUUUUCAUGCUGUAGAAGAAUUUCCUAACAUGUACCACUGUAUCAACUUUUUACAUUCAUUAUUGAAUUUAACUUUUAGUACACAAAUUGAGUAAAUGAAAGAUGUACAUGCUAUUAGAAUUAUUGAGCAGUGUGUAUAUGCACACUGAAUGUGUUUCUUUCAUUCAACAUUAUAUCAUGAUUUGAAAAUAUUUAAAUUGCAUUUUAGAUAAGUACACAAUAUUUGUAUGUGUACAGGUGCUAAAGCUUUUUCUCUACAGACACGUUUUAUGUACCUCUUUUAAGGACAGCUUUAUCAGUAAGUUAACCUGGCAAUGCUUUAUAAACCCAGAUUUCUUUUACCUAUUCAUCUAUAUAAGGUACAUCUCAUAAAUGUACAUAAUAUAUAUACAUUUCAUCAUUGCAUUGUGAAAUAAACAUCAUUAUUUACACAUUGAA